AUGUACCAAACCGCCGGUAGAAAAGCAGUGCACAGGGAAAGCUCAUCUCCCACGCAAUCAAAUGUCAGCCAGUCGAUCUUGAAGCACUUGGCCACUCGUCCCGUGGAACAUCUUACUGUGCUCAUGGGACCGACUGCCACCGGCGACACUGUGCACUAG